AUGUCCAUGGAAGAGAGCAUUAGCUUGGAGGAGACGAACAAGAUUCGUAUCUCCUUGGGUCUCAAGCCACUGACUGACGACAAGGCACCAGAGGACAAGGAUAAGCAAGCAGAAGACAACUAUGCCAAGCUGCGCGAAAAGGAGGCGAAGGAGAGAGAAGCAAAGAAGAUUCAGGAUAAAAUAGCGAAGGUGCGAAAUCGACGAGAACUCAAUACAGCACUGAAGGGAGCAACUCUGGGUGAUGCAGAAGAGGGCGUAGACGACACUUUGCAAUGGAUCAAGAGAAACAAGCGUAAAGAGAAAGAAUUGGCCAAAAAGCGUCAGCAGGAGUUCGAGAACCGAGACAAGGAAAUCCAGCAAGACUAUACGGAACGCGAUCUUGUCGGUCUGAAGGUCAGCCAUGACUUCGACGAAAUGGACGAAGGAGAAGCUCGGAUUCUUACCCUGAAAGAUAGUCGGAUUCUCGAUAACGAAGAGGACGAGCUUCAAAAUGUGGAAAUGGCGGAAGAAGAGAGACGGAAACAGCGACAGGAGCUAAAAAUCAAGAAACGGGAUUAUACAGGGUAUGAUGACGAUGAAUUUGGAGAGAACCACCAGGGAUUGAUGAAACGGUCUAUUCUCGCCAAAUACGACGAAGACAUCGAAGGGCCUCGCAGUACAGAAUUCCGAUUGGGAAGCUCCACAAUCUCGAAUAAAGUCUCUCAAGAAGAGAAGAAGCUCCAGACUGCCGCUGCUUUGAAUAAGACUCUAUUAAAUAUCGACUACGCCAAGAACAUAUCCACCGCUGAUUAUCUCCAAGAAGGCGAUGUCGGCUUCAAAAAACCCAAGACCAAAAAGAAGCGCCCAAGUCGACGUGUGCCUGCAGACAGCGAAUUAGCCAAGGAUUCUAUGGAUGUUGAUGAGCCUGCUGCUCCUAUGGUACGAAACCUUGAUGCCAAUUUUGUCGACGACGACGAACUGCAAGCUGCUUUAGCUCGUUCCCGAAAGGCCAAACUCCACAAAACUAAAAAGAUCUCCCCAGAAGAGUUGGCGAAGAAAAUUGCUGAGGAACGGGCUAAGGAGGAAGAGGAGGAAAAGCAGCUGAGGAUUAAGAAUGAGGAUCCCGACCACGAAGAGGAGGGCGGCUUGACAUUUGACGAAACAUCGGAGUUCGUGCAGGCCGUUGGAAACAACCCCAUUGUCAAACCGAAACCCGAACCCAAAGAGGUCAAGAUACCCGCAGCUGCUUCCCAACCUACACGAGUCAAGUCUGAACCACGAGACGUCUCUAUGGCCGACGGAGAUGUCGCCCUGGAUGAGCUGGAGGCCGGAGAAGUUCGUGUCAAGGAUGAAGAGGAUGAUGACUACGACAUGGGCAUGUUGGACGAUAUUGAGAAUGCCAUCAAGCUAACCGAAGCAGAGGAAGAAGCCGCCGCACUGAAUGGCACCGCUGUACCAGAAGUCGGUACCUCUGGCGAGCAGUCCUUCAGCACCGGAAUGGCUUCUACGCUCGCUAUUCUCAGGCAGCAAGGAAUUCUCGCCCAGCCUACCGCAGACCAAUUGGAGCGAGAGAAAACCCAGAGGCAAAGAGAUCUUUGGUUGGCCGAUCAACGAAGACGAGUUGCCCAGCGUGAGCUGGAGCGACUGCAAUCGCGUGGGGCAAAUAAGGAUCAGGCACAGAGAGAAUACGAGAACCGGCUUCGGGAGCAGCAGGAGGCCCGAGAUAAUAUGGAGGCCUUCAAGAAUUAUAAGCCAGAUGUCAAUAUCGUCUACUAUGACGAAUUUGGCCGUGCGCUGUCAGCCAAGGAGGCUUGGAAGGCGCUUUCGCACAAAUUCCACGGGAAAGGUUCUGGUAAAAUGAAGACGGAGAAACGUUUGAAAAAGAUCGCUGAAGAGAAGAAGAAGGAAGCUAUGGUCAGCGGUGAUACGCCUUUGAGCAUGAAUAGGGCCUUCCAGUUGAGACAGGAAAAAGCCGGGCAAGCCCAUUUCGUCCUGUCCGUCGGAAACAGAGGAGCGGUGCCGCAGGCCAGCGAAUUUUUGGAUGCGCAGCCUCUCGCCAAAGGCAAAACAGAGAAGACCAAAAAGAAGAAGGAAAGCAAGAACGCGCAGAAAGCGGCGGACUCGGGCUUUAUGACAGUUCCUGCUCCUCAAGGCAAUAUGACAUCGAAUGGUGUCACGCCAGCGACUUCUGCUUCAGCAUCUCCUGCACCCAGGGCUGGGUUCUCGCGUAUAUCCUCGGCGGUUGUGGAGGCUCCUUCCCCAGGUGGAUCGUCAGUGCCGUCUGAUCGUGUCAAGGUCGCAUUUGGCCUUGGGACGAAGAGGAAAGCUGGCGAGGAGGCACAAGGUUCUCCACCUCCCAAGCGGCGUUAA